AUGAAAAAUAAUUAUGGCAAUUAUACGAGUGAUUAGCACUAAUUUCUUAACAAGAUCAAGACAGAUACGUUGUUCAACUUGCACCAUGACCCUCAAUCCUUUCUCUCGCUUUCCUCGUACAACACCUCAUGGCUUGCUAUGGUCCUCGAUCCAGACUGCCCUUGCCAACUUAUGUUCGAGACAUGCUUAGAUUGGGUGCUCGAGAACCAGAGUGAAGAAGGGUUCUGGUCAGAUUUCACCACCCAAAUGAAUAUCAUCCCUUCCAUAGAAUGCCUUCCCUCGACACUCGCUCGCUUACUUGCACUUAAAAGGUGGAAUGUUGGUGCAAAGUUGAUAGACAAAGCUUCUCAUGGUCUACCCAUCAUUUUCCCUAGAAGCGUAUGUGAGCCGAUCAUUAUGGAUUUAUUCCAAAAUCAACAAGAAAUUCUGCAAAGGGUGGAACUUAUGGACAAAGAUCGAUAUCUUCCGUUACUAGCGUACCUAGAGGCAUUGCCUCCAUGGUAUGAGGUUCAUGAGGAUGUAAUAAUACACAAUUUGAGCAAUGAUGGUUCCUUGUUCCACUCUCCCUCUACCACUGCUCAAGCGUAUAUGGUCACUGGAAAUAUUAACCGCUUGGCCUACCUCCAAUCUUUGGCACAAAAUUUCCUUAACCAUGGAGUUCCCUCAUUUUAUCCGAUGGGUGAAGAGUUCAUAAAGCUACUCAUGGCCAACCAAACUAUGCGACUGUGAUUGGCCGAGCACAAAUUCACUGGUAAUAAGCCAAAGAAUCAUUUGGAACUACAAGCAGCACAAAAUUACGUCUGUCGAAUCAGCCAGCUUCAUACCUACACAGCUAUGUAUGAAAGCAUUAGCCUUUUGGCUGUUAUGAGUAUAUGGCCACAACAUAUCACCCUCUAUUUUGCUGGUUUUUUACGUGAUGAAGGAACGCGGGAUCGCGUAAUAUACAACUAUGAAGACUUUACAACCAUGUUGCUUAAUAUUUACAGAGCCACGGUUCUAAUGUUUCCAGGAGAACCUGAGCUUCAAGAAGCAAGUCCUUUUCGAGGAAGUAUUUGGAAAAAAAUCAUGACUGAGGGAGAUACAACCUUUCGCCUAAUUGCACAUAAAUUGAGUUUUCCAUGGGCUACUCGAAUGGAUCAUCUAAAGCAUAGGAUAUGGAUAGAACACGGUAAUGCUCAUCCUUUGUGGAUAGGAAACUCCUCCUUCCAUAGGUAUUACUGUUGUGAAAUGGGGUUCGGUCUAGAGAAAACUACUUACUAUUACUUUGCCUGUGCUAUCAGUUGUACUCUUCCAUUCCGAUCCAACAUAUGUCUCAUGGUUCUAAAAAGUGCUAUAAUCAUAACCGUUGCUGAUGAUUUUUAUGACACAAAGGGUUUCGUGGAGGAGCUCGAAGAGCUCACUGAUGCAGUUUUAAGAUGGAAUGGUCGAGGUUUAAGGAACCACGGUAAGACAAUAUUCAAAGCCCUAGAGCAUCUUGUGUCCGAUCUUGCGAUGGAAUUUGCAUAUCUUGCAAACCCUAAUCUUUCGUAUCAUCGACUUCAAUCAACCCUGUACCGUAACAUAACAAGCAGGUUGCUCAUGCUUACUACCCGAUUGCUCAAUGACAUGCAAAUUUACAUGAAAGAAGAAAAGGAAGGGACAAUGAACUUGCGGUGGAUAUACAUGAAAGAAAAUCCGGAAGUCGAGAUGGGGGAUGCAGUUCGACAUGACCAAGCGAUGCAGGUCGAAAGGAAGAUGGAAUUCCUUCAAUCCGGAUGUGUGAAGCCCCAAAAAUGAGAACCGUUAGGCCCUGUUCAAAGUUGAAUGCGACUAAAAUUAUAGUUGGCCCAUAAAUAGGCCCAAA